AUGGAUGAAUUGGAGGCCGAAUGUGCACAGCAUAAACGGACUGGUAAUCAUGAAGCAUUAGUUGAAGCAGCUGGUAAUUUAGUUAACUAUGCUUUGCGGUUGGCUAUAAAUGGUGAACGAGUUGAAAAGACUUACAAACACAUUGUUGAUGCACUAUCUUUGGCCACUCAGAAUAUCACGGGGUCGCGUUACAAGAACACGGCUUAUUCAGAAGCUUUUGUAGUUCUGGGGAAGAUUCAUGAAACUGGAAUUAUCACUGAGCCCAAUCUUAAAAAGGCUUAUAUUUGCUAUAAACGAGCGGCCGAAUAUAGUAGUCCGUUUGGUUGUUACCGAUUGGCUUACUUCUAUGAGCAUGGUAUUGCUUGCCGUAAGAACUUACAUAAGGCUGGGCAUUUCUAUAAGUUGGCGGCUAAUGGUGGAUCACUCCGGGCCGUGCACAAGUAUGCCAUGCUUCUUUUAGAAGGAUGCUUUGGCUGUCGUCAAGAUAUAAAAGGAGGCGUGUUCUAUUUAGAACAAGCACGUCAGCUGUCAACCCCUGAAUAUCCACAUGCACUGUAUGAUUUAGGCCUGUGCCACGAGGGCAUUCCAUUAGUGCAAGGUCAUAUUAUUGAAGACUAUCCCUAUUCACUAGCUCUUUACCAGGAAGGCGAAAAGCUUGGCUGUCCUCGCUCGAUCUUACGUCUCGGCUUGGCCUAUCAUUAUGGCGAGCUAGGUUUAGAAGCCAACCAAGAAACCGCCAAGACGUACUACACUCGGAUAGCCGAAGUCAGUCCCCAGGCCUGUUUUGAAAUGUUCAAGCUAGAAAGGAAUGCCGACAACAAAAAUGAGUCUAUUGACUGGGUCAAACAAGCGGCCCAACUAGGCCAUCCCGAUGCAGCUGCUAUCUAUGCCGCCUAUCUCGAUACGCGCAAUCAAACACACCUGGACAAAAAAGAGGCCAAGUGGUGGUACACCAUAGCCGAAUCAAGAGGUGCCAAGGUGGCCAAUAAAUAA